AUGAAACUCACUCUUGCCGCUCUAUCUCUGCUAUCCACCGCUCUUGUUGGCGUGUCAGCUACAUUGAAAGGAUUGGACGUUAGCAGUUACCAAGGAAAUGUAGCUUGGUCAACCGUCAAGUCCAAUGGUGCAUCUUUCGCUUACAUCAAAGCAACUGAGGGAACCACUUACACCAAUUCAUACUUUACUCAACAGUACAAUGGUGCAUAUAACGCUGGUUUGAUCCGCGGCUCGUACCAUUUUGCUCAGCCUGCCUCCUCUUCCGGUGCUGCUCAAGCCAAAUACUUCAUUGCUCAUGGAGGUGGCUGGUCUGCUGAUGGCAAGACUCUUCCCGGUGCCUUGGACAUCGAGUACAACCCUAGCGGUGCUACUUGCUAUGGCUUGUCCCAGUCCGCUAUGGUAAGCUGGAUCAAGGAUUUCAGCAAUACUUACCAUUCUUCCACUGGUCGUUACCCUGUCAUUUACACUACCACUGACUGGUGGACUACCUGCACUGGUAACAGCGCCGCCUUUGGCGCUACCAACCCUCUUUGGAUUGCUAGAUAUUCUUCUUCAGCAGGAACCUUGCCCAAUGGUUGGUCAUACUACUCCUUCUGGCAAAAUGCCGACAGUGGUACCUUCCCUGGUGAUCAAGACGUCUGGAACGGUAAUGCCGCUGGAUUGACUAGCAUGGCAAAGGGAGCUUAA